AUGUCUGCGGCACCAGCCUCAAACAUACCGCCUUCGUCCUCGACAGUCAGCGUUUCCAUCAUCGAUACAACAUCCAGCAUCAAGGGCGUCGACACCUGGAAGUUCCUCUCGCCGUCCAUCAAAGGCCAUGAUUACCUCUCAACAUUGGCAUUCAGUUUCUUCAUCGAGCACUCGGCUUCCAAACGGAAACUAAUGUUCGACCUGGGCAUCCGUAAAGACUGGCAAAACUCCUCGCCGUUCUUGAUCGGCCGUUUCAAAAUGGGAGGCUAUGAGCUCACAGUCAAAAAGUCAGUGCGUGAAAUUCUCGAGGCCGAAGGGAUAGAUGGACGAGACAUUGAGGCAGUCAUCUGGAGCCACUGGCACUUCGAUCACACGGGGAAUCCGGACGAGUUCGAGAAGUCGACUACCUUGAUUGUUGGACCAGGUUUCAGCAGCCACAAGCUUCCUGGCUAUCCCAAGGACCCAAAUUCGUCAAUCCUCGAGUCUGAUUAUGCUGGUCGGGAGCUCAAGGAAAUCGACUUCAGCGGUAGUGACCUCAAAAUCGGCAAGCUAGAUGCCUAUGAUUACUUCAACGACGGCUCCUUCUAUCUGCUAAACUCGCCUGGUCACGCCAUCGGCCACCUAUGCGCACUCGCUCGAGUGACAAGCUCUCCUGACAGCUUCAUUCUGAUGGGCGGUGAUGCGUUUCACCAUGCCGGCGAACUGAGACCAUCACCGUAUCUGCCGCUUCCGGCAGACAUCACUCCACACCCGUUCCAGGGAUGCAGCAGCUGUCCAGGAGAGAUGUUUGAGUCAUUGUUGCCGGAAAAAGACUCUACCAAACCCUUCUACAUACCUUCUCCGCAGCAGAAGGUGCCGAUGCAUCUGGAUCCGGACGAGGCUGUCAGGACGAUCCAGAAGUUGCAGGAGAUGGAUGUGAGGGAAGAUAUAUUGAUGGCAGCUGCGCACGACGACAGUCUGUACGGCAUCAUCGACCUCUUUCCAAAGACAGCAAACAAUUUUGUGAAAGAGGGGGAGAACUGA